AUGUUAGUCCCUGCUAUUGUAGAUUUAUUUAAAUUCAAACUAGUUGGAGGUAUCAUAGUUUUGACUUGUUGGUCAGCAAUUGAUCGUGUUAAUUUUAUGAAACAAUUCUCCAGUUACGGUAUGAUGGUGAUAUUUACUUGCAAUACGUUCCUCUUAGAUCAAGAAAACAAUAAUCGUUUCUAUGGCAUAUUGAUUGUAAGAAAAUUAAACUUUAUAUUAAUGAUGUUUGCUUGUUCUCAGCUUCGACCAAAACAUUUUUCUCAAUGGUAUAAAUGGGUGAUCGUAAACGAAAUACCACAAUUCAUUUACAAUGCUCGAUACGAUGCGGAUGUGGUGCUACUACGUAAUGAAAAAAUUGAAAAUAUCACAAACUUAAAUGAAAUCAACACAACCGCUACAGUUCUCUCGCAGACUUUCUAUGACGAUGUUUAUAUCCACCCUCGUGAUGGUGUGGCCACAAAUGUUUGGGCUUAUUGGAAUCCAACGGGAAUACAAAUAACACACGGACGAGAGAGAAUACUACGCCGUUUAGACUUGAAACAGUAUCCUCUUAGAAUUGCUACUCCCUUAGGACAAUACUCGGCAGACUGGUACAAUGGUACAUUCAAGGAUUACUUAUUAGAUGUAUCAAUGCCAGAACAUGACUCAGGUGUUCGCUGCGCAUACGCAGCAUCUCUACUACUCAUCGAAGCACUUAAUGCUAAAGACGUGUUAUACCCGACGGAGCUAUGGAGUACCGAGAUCCACAACAGCAGCAUGUUACUAAUGCUGUCAUACGGCAGUGCGGACCUCGGCGGCGGAGUGCUGCGGAUCCUGCCAAAUAGGAUCACUCGCCUAGACUACGCCCUACCUAUAUGGCCUUUUCGCGUUGGUUUCACAUAUCUAUCGGAGCGUGAGAGCAGCAGUAAUAUGUUUGUAGUACCAUUCACUGCUGCUGUUUGGUGGACAUGCUUUGGCUUCGUGCUACUUAUGACUCUAGCACAGAGGGUGACUGCCAUGAAGCCAGUUGAGAAAGAAGGAGCCUUUAUGGCUGUACUGGCUACGUAUUUACAACAAGACGCAAGCGCAGUCCCCGAGGGUGCAUCAGGAAGAUGGACAUUCGUGGUCGUGUCUGUAUUUUCAAUGUUGAUCCACGCGUAUUACACAUCAGCUAUAGUGUCAGAUCUGAUGAGCACUGGACGCAGUGGGCCGGACUCGCUACGAGCGCUGGCCGACUCCAAAUACGCGAUCGCGUCGGAAGAUUAUGAUUAUAUGCGGUAUUUGAUGUUUGAUGUGGAAACCAAUUGGGACGAAUUAGAGUAUUUAAAGAAUAAGAAGCUUACAUCACGUUUCUACGUGGACAUGGAGCGAGGUGUGGACCUCAUCAGGAGAGGAUAUACCGCCUACCACACAGAGUACAACCAACUAUACCCACACCUGAAGACAUUCACUGACGACCAGCUUUGUAAACUGCAGUAUGUGGAUACUAUACCUGAGUCCGUGACAUGGGUGACGACAACAAAACGCGGGCAAUGGUUGGAAUAUCUCCGAUCUAAAGGUGGCUGGGUGACAGAAGUAGGUCUAGCUAAACGUCUAGUAUCAAACCUGAGACUUCAACCGCCACCUUGCAGAACUGCGUUACUAGCUGAACGAGUGAAGUUUGGUGAUAUUGCGCCAUUGCUAGCACUCUCUGUGCUGGGGACUGCUUUGUCCUUAUUUAUAUUAGGCAUAGAGAUAAUUUUUGCUAAACUUAAAGACGUAUAA